AAAAGCCAUUCACUUUAAUAGACUUCCCGGUAAACCCUAACAUUUCUCAUUCUCUCCUCCGUCUCGCUCUUUCACAGACUGAAUUCGACGAGAGCUCCAUUGCAUCCAAUCCCUCUUCAGUUUUAAGACUCUCAGGAAGGUCCCCAAGGCCAGGGUUAAGUGGUAAGCUGUUGUUCAUAUUAGAGUUUGAGCGAGAUGAAGGCCGUUGUGGGGAUGGUAGUUUCCAAUAAGAUGCAGAAGUCGGUGGUGGUAGCGGUGGACAGGCUGUUCCAUCACAAGCUCUACAACCGGUAUGUGAAGAGGACCUCCAAGUUCAUGGCCCAUGAUGAGCAGAAUCUGUGCAACAUCGGAGACCGAGUGCGGUUGGACCCAUCAAGGCCUUUGAGCAAGCGUAAGCAUUGGGUUGUGGCUGAAAUCCUCACCAAAGCACGUAUCUAUCAGCCUCCUUUACCAUCUGAUUCACCUUCAGCUUCACCUCAUUCUACUUCUUAAGGUGAAGCUUUUUGAAAGGCAUCCAAGAGAGUGAGAAGACGUUAGAUUUAGCCACAGAAAAGUUUCCGUUUCUUGAAUAUUUUUCUUGUAUGGUUGAAUGUUUCUCUUAUAAUACAAAGCCUAAAAUAGGAGUGAUUUGUACCUCCAAUUCUUCAGGAUGUGUAAUGCAAUUGAACGUGCAUGAAAAUGUUGUUGCAAAGUUUUCAUAUAUGCGAUUUAAGCUUAAAGUGAUUGGAAAGUA